GUCUGUUGUGAUGAUGUGGAAGUUGAUCCAGCUCAGUUCUCUGCUCCUCGGGGCCCUCGUGUCCCCGACUCGAACCUGUCGCAUCCACAACUCCGGCCGCUCGGCAGACUGCGUGGGGAGGCAGCUCAGCGCCGUGCCCCGGGGACAGCUUCCCUCCACCCUCCAGGAUGUGGAUCUCUCCUACAAUAACCUUCAAGCUGUCCACGCUGACGACCUCCUCCGGCUGCCUCUGCUGCGCAUCCUGCAGCUGCAGUUCAACAACAUUUCACACAUCCACACGGAUGCCUUCAAACACAACCCACUGCUGGAGAGUCUUAACGUCUUCAACAACUCACUGGAGGAAAUCCCGGCCGGCGCUCUGACGCCUCUGUCCGACCUGAAACAGCUGCUCAUGUCCAAUAACCUCUACAAACACGCCACUCUGGCUGAGAGCUUCUCCAAAUUGGUCAAACUCCAGGUUCUGUCGAUGGGGGGCCCCCUGGUGAUGGGACUGAAGAAAGCAGAUUUUUUGCCGCUGAAGAACAUCAGGCUACAAAGUUUUGCAAUCAAGUGUUCCUCCAACCUGAGCUACUACGAGCCCGGGAGUCUGGAGGUCAUCCGGACGAGGCAGAUGGGUUUCGAUAUGGCCGUGGAUCAGCAGCCGGGCGUUCUCGUUCACAUGCUGCACGACAUCGCCAACAACAACUUCAGCGUCAUCCAGUUCCGCAACCUCUUCGAGUACAUGUACUACACGGGGGAGGAGGACAUCUUCCAGGGUUUGAAAGACAUUAAUGCGCUUCAGCUAAUCAUCCACAGGGGGAAAUUCAAUGAGCAUCUCCUGAGGAUGGCUCUGAUGAACCUACAGAUCGGCCUGAUCAGAAGAUUGAGGGUUCAGUACAUCGACUUCGCCCGUUCACCCACAUUCAGUGACACCGGAGCAAGUUCCUGGAUCACCAACCUGACGAUUGACAAGUUGGAUCUUUGGUAUAUCAGUAAUCCUGAUGUGCUGCGGUUUGACUGGCGCUUCACCUGGUUCAACAAGAUCAAGCAACUUUCUAUUCGGUACGUUUACUUCAACUACGUGCCCUGCGACUCCUGGGUGGAGAUGGAAGGUGUGGAGUUACUGGACAUCUCCUAUUGUCGACUGCAGAGUGGCUACAUCUUCAACCAGCGCUGUGAAAACAAGGGCACCAUGCCAAACCUCCACACCUUCAACGCCAGCAGCAACGAGCUGACGAGCUUAGAGGACCUGUCGGUGCUAACCAGCGACUUCCGGCAGCUGAAGGUGUUGGACGUCAGCAACAACAAACUGGGAUCUGCUGAAGACAGUCGCGACUGCGUUUGGACCAACAUCACUCAUCUCAUCGCCCACCACAACCAGUUCGUCAGUGAGGCCCUCCUCUGUCUGCCCACCACGGUGCAGCACCUGGACCUGUCCCACUGCGACCUGGACCAGCUGGACACGACGUUCUUUGAGAAGGCAACCGAGCUGAGAGAGCUCCUGCUGAGUGGGAACAAAAUCAAGUUCAUCCCAUCGAAGUGGACAAGUCCGCACCUGCAGUUUCUGGCCUUGGACGGGAAUUCGUUCGGCCUCAUCAGCAAGGCGUCUUUCCAGGGUAUGCCUGAGCUGUCUGGCCUGAGGGCGGGAAACAACCCGUACCACUGCACCUGUGAGCUUCACGCUUUCGUCCAGGAGACGAUGUCACAGGGAACGGUCAACCUCACCGACUGGCCGUGGAACUACAGGUGCUACCACCCGGAGGCCUUCCUCAACACGGUCGUAUCCCAAUACCUGCCAAGUCGAGUGGCCUGUGACAUGAAACUCGUCAUCCUCAUCUCUGUGGCCACCACUGCAGCGGUGAUCUUGAUAUUGAUGCUGAUCUGCUACGUCUUCGACCUUCCCUGGUACACGAAAGCCACGUAUCAGAUCAUCCGAGCCAAAUACAGAGCGCACAAGGAAAAAGCAGCCGGGGCGAUGGGCACUUUUACGUAUCACGCCUUCAUUUCCUACAGCCAUGCUGAUGCCGACUGGGUGAGGGACCAGCUGUUGCCCUGUUUGGAGAACAGUAGAAACCCGUAUCGUCUGUGCAUCCAUGAGAGGGACUUCAUGCCGGGAAGGUGGAUCAUCGACAACAUCAUUGAGAACAUUGAAAACAGUCGAAAGUCGAUAUUCGUCCUCUCCCGACACUUUGUGAACAGCGACUGGUGCAACUACGAGCUGUACUUCGCCCAGCAGAGGGCCAUGGGAAAGACCUUCAGUGAUGUCAUCCUGGUGGUUAAGGAGCCCAUCGAUCCCAGCUCGCUGCCCAGUAAGUACUGCAGGCUGAAGAAGAUGCUGAGCACCAAGACGUACCUGGAGUGGCCCCAGCAGGUCAGCCAGCAGCCGUUCUUCUGGGAGCAGCUGAGGAGUGUCCUGGGAAGGCCGACGCUGCCCGGAGACGGGGGCCAGAGCGUCCAGAGCAGAACUCCAUCUGUUUCUGUGAUCAGAUGCCCUGAAGAGGACAGCGGGGCAAAGAUAGUGAAGUGUAAUCAAGAAGAAGUCAACUCUAUGGAAAGGAAUAAUAACAAGCUGUCAAAUCCCCGAACACAAAUACCUAUCAGGUUUUAUUGUGUUCCAGCUGUUUCCUGCUUUGACAGAUUAAACCUUAUAUUCUGUGUUCUUCACCUUAUAUUGCAGCAGCAGGUGACCGUGCAGCAGCAGGAGUCCACCAGAGGGGGGCGUCACUCCGGCCGACCUGCACACAGGACAGAAACAAUGAGUGGCCACCUGCAGGAGGCGAUGACGAGCCUGAUCGGAGUGUUUCACUCGUACUCGGGACAAGAAGGAGACAAGUACAAGCUGAAUAGACGAGAACUGAAGUGCCUGUUGAAGCAGGAGCUCUCAGAUCUCCUGUCUGCCAGCAAGGACCCGAUGGUGGUGGAGAGGAUCAUGAGCGAGCUGGAUGAAAACCAGGACGGGGAAGUGGACUUCCAGGAGUUUGUGGUUCUGGUCGCGGCUCUGACCGUCGCCUGCAACGACUUCUUCAUCGACUGUGAGAAGAGCGGCCUGGAAGGCUCCAAGAAGAAGUGAUCUCCUUUCAGAUGAAAUCAAUAAACCUGUCUUCAUACAAAUCAUAAGCUCUAACAAUGUUGUCACAGAACCUUGGAAAGAUGCAUCACUGUUGAUCAACUAUUCUGAAACAAUAAAAGAUUUCAUCCUGUU